UGGGAGGGGAUAUAAUGUUCAAGUGGUGUUUUAUUGCCGGUGAUCAAUGCCCCGCUGAGAAGGGAAGCGCUUUGUAUCUGUAUCAAGCUCGCCGUGUCCCGCCCGGUGUAACUAGAGGCGAGUGAACUGAGCGGAGACUGGCUGCUGCUGUUUGCUGGUCACUGUGAUGCUCUGCUCUGUUCUGCUCAUUCCUGCCUUCACUCGCCUCCCAGAGCAACGGGUCCUUGCUCAGCCUGGGGGAGGGAGAGACUGGUGCCACUUUCGUCCCACUCUCUCUCUCUCUGUCUCUCUCUCUCUCUCAUUCUCAUCGCUCCGUUUAGAGAAGCUGCAAAGAGCGACGGACCUCACUUGGAUCAGACGCCCGCUGUAGCACCGAGCCCUGUCCGGAUAAGGAACCGGGAACUGACUGGAUCUCUCCCUCUCUAGCCCAGGACAAGGGGCGCUGGGGAAGUGAAGGCGGGGGAGAUCUACCACCAGCUUUUCUGCACCGCUCUUUAAGGCAGCAUUGAGCUGCCGGCUUGGGGCGAUAUUAACGCGUGAAAUUGGUGCGCUCCGUCCCCUCUCUCCUCUCCACUUCUCCCCGCGAGUUUGCCUCGGAUUUCCCUGGGAAUGGAGACGACUUUGUGUUGGAUUUCGCUUCUCGCUGGGUUGGCGCUGUCGCCCGUGGUCAGCGGGGAAUCCCCCAGGUCGGCAAACGAGACCACGGGGAGACUCAAUUCUCAUUCCCAGCAAAUGGAGCCGGUUCUCUCGACCGCAGCCUGGUCCCAGCAGAACGGGCUCUCUAACUGGGACAGCCGGACCACCGAGAUCCCGGGCGGGCUACGGGACAUCAACACGUCGGCUGCCAAUGCCAGCAAUUUCCCCUCCUGUCACAAGGCGCUCGACAGUGGCCGCACCUUCAAGUACAUCAACGCGGCCAUCUCCUGUGUCAUCUUCGUGGUCGGGGUGAUCGGAAACGCCACUUUGUUAAGGAUAAUUUACAAGAACAAAUGCAUGAGGAAUGGACCCAAUUUGUUGAUCGGGAGCCUGGCCCUGGGAGACUUGUUCUACAUCACGAUCGGCAUCCCCAUUAACGUCUAUAAGCUUCUGGCACAAAAUUGGCCUUUUGGGAUUGUUAUUUGCAAGCUCAUGCCUUUCUUACAGAAAGCAUCGAUGGGAAUCACAGUGCUGAACCUUUGUGCUCUGAGUGUGGACAGAUACAGAGCUGUUGUCUCCUGGAGCCGUGUUCAGGGGAUCGGAGUACCUCUAUUGACUGCAUUAGAGAUCAUCGGUAUUUGGGUUCUCUCCAUAAUUUUGGCUGUUCCUGAGGCCAUUGCCCAUGACUUACAACCGCUGACAUAUGGAAAAAUGACGCUCAAUGUAUGUCUAGUUCUUCCAACAACAGACUUAAAGAAGUUCUACAUCAGUGUGAAGGACUGGUGGGUGUUUGUGUUUUAUUUCUGCAUGCCUCUGGCCUGCACUGCUUUCUUCUACACUCUAAUGACCUGUGAGAUGCUGAAUAAGAGGAACAAGAGUUUACGGAUCACUAUGAGCGAACACUUGAAACGGCGUCGAGAAGUGGCCAAAACAGUUUUAUUUUUAGUUGUGAUUUUUGGUCUGUGCUGGUUCCCUCUCCAUCUUGGCAGAAUUUUAAAGAUGACUAUUUACCAUGAGUUUAACCCAAACAGAUGUGAAUUGCUUAACAAUCUGCUGGUAUUGGACUUCAUUGGCAUCAAUCUGGCAACUCUGAAUUCAUGUAUAAACCCCAUCGCUCUCUACUUCGUGAGCAAGAAAUUUAAGAAUUGCUUCCAGUCCUGUCUGUGCUGCUGUUGCCAGAGUCAGUCUCUGAUGAAUGUGAUGCCCAUGAAUGACACUUCCAAACAUGCAAGCUUACAUUGGAAAAACCAGGAGCACAAUAACCCAGCCGAUCGCAGCAGCCGAAAGAACAGCAUGAACUGAAAGGCGGUAGUUCUUGACGACAUCGAGAAAUGAGUAGAGCUCGCACCUUCCUCCAUGUCUUGGACUUAUAACAUCCUCUGUGGUGGAACAGAAGGCAGAAAGGAGAAUGACUUGGACCCAUCGUCUCCGAUUGUCUGUUUCAAACAGUUUGUUUAUGCAUCACUAUUGAGUUAUUUUUGUCGUGAAUAUCAUCAGAAAAUAUUCAAAAUCAUGCCAUUGAUUAGGCCAAGUAUAGUGGAAUAUUAUGUUCUAGAAGUGUCUUUGGGGACCACAAUAGGAUUACAUCCACCAAUGGAACACUAUUUAAACUGAAACCAAUUUUUGUCACUUGGCUGUUACAUGCUCACAUUCAAGAUGAAAAAUCUCUUCACGCACAUGUUCUUUACAUUAAAAAAAUCAGAGAAGUUG